UUUAUUAAUAAGACGGACAAGCUAAGCUAAGCGACGACCAAUAUCGACAACUCGGUCGAUCGUAUUCACUGCCACCAUUGUUCACAUAAACUAUGCACACAAUGCACAUUUUCAAUUCCCCAUAUGGCGGUGCUUAUGGCGGCGAAAAUGAUGGCGUGGUAGGGCGGGUCGACCACCGCCAGAACACCGUUGACCGUCUUCCUGCAGCACAGGCCCGAGCUUAUGGUGCUCCUAAUCCUGCAAGACUUCAAAUGACGCCCGAGAAUCUGCCUGGAAGGGCGCCUUACGCUUCACCAGGUGUGACCGCGUUUGGGGUCAAACAUCCGGAGCUCCCACCGAAGACUCUUGACGCUCUUAGGAGAGCGUGCAUCGAAAAUGAGGAGAACGUGGAUAGUAUUUCAGAAGUGAUCCGCUCGGAGCUGGACGUAGCAGGUCGCGAGGGGGCACUCAAGCUUCUGGCCGAGCUUAAAUUCCCGCCCAUCGACUGCAAGCGCGUGCUUGACAGCCUGUUGUCGACAACACCAUCCAAUCACUGCAACAAGACCAAUAAGUCGAAGUCGCGCAUUAGUGAUGCAACGGAGUCUUCGGCCGUGAAGGUGCCGGCCUGCGUUCCUGAGGCCUUCGCCGACGUCUUCAAGCCAAUGAACUCACAGAGUGAUGCCAGCAAGUUCAAUGUCCUCGCGGCAACCGAGCGGGCAUUCUUUGGACCGACAUCAGCGAGGGCCUGGCACCCCGGAACGACACCGAUUCAUAUCAAGACUAUCAUAACGCACUGGAUGACUGUACUGUGCCAUAUCAAGACCAUCGGCAAGGGCAACCUCCUAUCCCUAAAGAGGAACAGCACGGCACGGAAGGAGGUCGAAGCAGCUCUCCUUAAAAGCAUGAAAACGUGCAUGCAGAAUUACCAAGGCGGGCUCAAGCCAAAGGGCUACGAGGGCAUGUUCAACACGGUGCGGAUGGAGGUGAAACAGCUGAAGGAGCAGGGCACCUGGGAGGAGCCGACAGAUGACAUGCGGCAGAAGGCCGACAAGGAAGCCAGGGAGAAGGCCUUGGCAAUCUUGGGGUGCAUCAAGCAGAAGGCGGGUUUCGUGGACAAGAAGAAGGAUGACACAGAGCAGGGCGGCAAUGCAGCUGCCGCCGAAACACCAGCUGGUGCCGAAGAGGUAGCCCCUGUCCAAGUUCCACGACAGCAAGAGGAGCAGAACCCCGCCAACCCGCCGACCAGUGAUGAGGGUGACGGGACAGCUGCAGAGAUGGGUGAGAACCCCACCACGGAGGAGGGAGAGGAGGUGGAACGAAAGAAGCCCCGUGGCAGGAAGCCGGCAGGAAGCCGACAGUCAGCUGGCUGUAGGAAGCGAAAGGAACCACCCCCAACUGAGGCUGGUGCAGAGCAGGCAAAGACCAGCCGCCGCCGUCGAGGGUCAACUGAUCCACGGAUAGGCAAGAGUGGCUGUGUGGACGAGGAACCCAAGCCCGUCCGCACCGCCACCAUCAACGGCAUUUCAGUGGUCCCGCUGUUCAGCCCUAAAACAUGGAAGGGGGAGACGUACGGCAUCAUGACAUUCCGCCGCCUGGCUGACAUCUUUCCCACGACCCCCUCCGGCGGCUUGUACAUCUGCUUGGAGCUGGCUAGGACCAGUCCCUGCAGUACACCGGCGGGAAUGUGCUACGGCAACAGCUGCGUGUUCGCACUGUCCAACGAUGAUUUCACCUGUUGCCCCCCCCCGACGACAUGCCAGCCCCCAAACGGCCUGCACCGGGCCCUGCCCCUGCCCAUCGGCCAAACCUGGACCCCGCACCAGUUCCGGCAAGUCUGGCCACACAUCGGAAACAACCAGCCCGUCCCGCGGUGGCACCAGAAGCACUCAGGCCACAAUCACGCUUCGGCAACCGCCAACGCCGCGUUCGUUGACAAAGCCAUCGCGGAUCUGUUGGCGUCGGGCACAGCCCACGCAUGGCCAAUGCAGCCUCAUUUAGACACCCGGGCCGAGGCUCUCCUGGUCGCUCUUGGCGCGGAGGCAGACACGGAACUCUCCACUUUGGCGACUCAAUUCGCCAAAUGGAACAGGGCCAGGGGAUACCUGUCGGGCCCUCUGACAGGCACGGUGGCCCAGCCGAUCCACUCCCUGUCGCACCCUGCCUUCUGCCACUGGCUCAACAAGACCCUGCAAGCGGCGGGGAUCACCCGCCGCAUCACUGUGCAUUCCAUGCGCAUAGGAGGAAAUAGCACUGCCGCCGAUCACGGUGUGCCUGCGGACUUGUGCAAGGUGCACGGCCAGUGGCGCAGCGACGCCAUGGUGCAGCACUACAUGCGGCGCGACAGGGAGGCGAAACUCUCCGUCUCCCGCAGUCUGGGCCUCGCCAAUGCAGCACUGAUUGGCUCGGCCUGGCAUCGGCGGGCUCCUGAGAGGCGCCCCCCCCCUCAGCAUGGUGGCAGGGGGAGGCAGCAUGCGCACGGGAGGGGGUUGGUUCAGGGGGCGGGCCGAGGCGCCUGCAACCGGGAUGAGGGGGAACACCCCAUGGGGUUGGUGCCUGGUCGUUCUGGUCGGUCGGGCUUUGUCUGGUGUGAAGGUCUUUGGGGCGUGCGGGUGCUGCAGUGCCUCUGUUACUUAAGGCGGCCUGCUGGCCGGUUGGGCCGCGCGGCCACUGAUAGGCUUGGCUGUUUGCUCUUCCUGCUGUGUAAGGCCUGA